AAAAGAAAAUCUUUCUUACUUACUUACUAUAACCACAUAGAUAAUCAAUAGCAAAAAUGGGUAAAGGUACUCCAUCUUUAGGUAAACGUCACAACAAGUCCCACACUUUAUGUAACAGAUGUGGUCGUCGUUCUUUCCACGUCCAAAAGAAGACCUGUUCUUCUUGUGGUUACCCAGCUGCUAAGAUGAGAUCUCACAACUGGGCUUUAAAGGCUAAGAGAAGAAGAACUACCGGUACCGGUAGAAUGGCUUACUUGAAGCACGUUUCUAGAAGAUUCAAGAACGGUUUCCAAACUGGUGUUGCCAAGCCACAAACUGCUUAAAUCAAUUAAAUGUUGAAAAUUUAUCAAUAAAGUUGCAUUGGAGGAGAAACAUAUUCAUCUUCCAGGGUUUACAUGUAUUCACAAAUAAUGGUUUAAUUUUUUAGUUUAAAGCUUUACAACAACAAAAAUAUAAUUUGUAUCAUAAGGAUUAUUAAAAUUUGAUAUUUGUAGUAUAUUUACUCGACUAACUCCAUCUCGUCAAACGUGAGGCUGUCGUGUUCACAAUUCAUAUUGAAAUAUAAAUUAUCUGCUUCUUCGUGAGUGACGAAUUUAUUCAAGAUUUCUCGGGCACAUUCAAUAGCAUCUGAUUCAUAAGGGAAUUCUAGCCCGUUAGCGAAAUCAGUUUGUAAAUCAGCAAGAUAUUUCCCAUUCGGUAUUAUGUCUGUUAAAUGGUUUAGUUCUCUUGCUCUGGAUUCACAUGUUUCGUUAAACACAACUUGAUUAUAGUAACCUUUCUCUCGAACUUUAAACAACAACUGUUGACCUUCGGCUGUAGUUGAAGAGUCUGACCCAAACGCUAUUCUCAGCAAUACCACAAAUAAUUCAUGCAUCGUCUCAGGGAAUAUCAACUCAGUCAUAUCUUUACCUUCUUGUUGGGUUAAAUAGUUUAUGAUUUUGACAAAAUUUGAAACUAGUUGGAUUCGUAAGUAGAUAUAUUUAGAUCUGGGAGAUCUCAUGAUAUAAUCUUGUUCAAAUGCCACGAUUCUUAUCAUAGAUUUGAAAUGUUCUCUAUUGUAUAAGAAAUCUAUAGUUUCUUGUGUAACAAUUAGCGAGUGUAAUAGUUCAGAUACCUUGACCGACAAGGUUAAUAAAUGAAAUUGAUGGUUUGCGGAUAAUUCGUAUUGUAACUCACCAGGAGUUUCCAAAAGUUCAUAUGGAAUAGGUUGUGGUGCGACCACUACGUAGUUGUUCAAGCAGUCAUGGUCUAUAGGCACCAUAGAGUCAAUCUUUUUCAAAUCGUAGUUGUUACCAACUAUUCGAUUCAAUCCAUACACCAUGAAAUUCUCUCGAAUUGGUAAUUCUAUAAGACAUACUUUAAGCAAGGAGCUUAUAAUUACACCAUUCAAUUCUGAAUUGUUAAAUGCAAAUGUGUCGUCAGUGAUGGAUCCCAAUAGCAUCUCCACCAUGUUGUACACUAGGUUUACCUGGGCAGUGUUUUUAAAUCGUUCUGGAUUUUGAGGUAAACACAAAUUGAAUAGUUCAAGUGGGAAUAAAUUCCAAGUGUUUCGUAUAUACUGGGCUUCAUACAUCGAAGACAACGUAAUUGCUUUUUCAAGUAUAUCCAUGCAACAAACGAAUAUGAAUUUCUGAAGGAUUGAUACAUGAUUCGGAACAUCAUGAUAAUUCAU